GUUGAUAUCUUGGAAGCUCUCAUGGAAAAGAUUGUGUUUUCCACUGGGGUAAUAGGACAAACUCCUACCUGGGUUUAGAUAGCCGUGAAAGAAAGAGAGAAAAAGAAAAUGGAGGCCAUGGCUCGCGGUGGCAUGCCGCCGUGUCGCUCGCCGCGACCUCCCGCGGCUAUGGCAGCAGCAGCCGCCGCGGCAGUCGCGGUAGCAGUGAAUUAUUCAUAUGCUCGUCUCAAGCUUUCUCUUCCUCCUCCCUCUCCAUCGCCAUUCUUCGCCGCCAUAUCCAUGGCUCUCCCCUCUCCUCCUCUCACCGUGGAAUCCUCCACCGGGGCCGAGUUCCCUGCUUGGAUCGACAGCGAUGGCGCAAAGCUGGAGCUGGGCGGCACGGGAUUGCGCAAAAAGAGCAUCUUGGGCCUCAAGAGCAUCGUCGUCUACGCCUUUGGAAUCUAUGCCAACGCCGCCAAGCUCCGCGAGCUCAAGCUUAAGGAUGACAAGAAGGCGAUCUCGCUGGCGGAGCUGCCAUGCAUGGAUGCGGAGAUGAGCGUCCGGCUCGUCAUCGUCUAUGGCAAGCUCAAGAUGGGCACCGUGCGCAGCGCCUUCGAGGAAUCCAUUGGCGGACGCAUCAAGAAGUUCUCCGGGGCCGAGAACAAACAACUCCUCCAGAGUUUCACUCAGCUCUUCAAGGAGGAUAUCAAGCUGCCAAAGGGGACAGCCAUCGACAUGGUCCGACUCCCCGGUCACGUCCUGUCCACCAGAAUCGAUGGCCAGGAGGUCGGGAGUGUCAAGAGCGAACUCCUGUGCCGCUGCCUGUUUGAUCUCUACAUUGGUGACGAGCCAUUUGACGUGGCUGGCAAGGAGGCGAUCGCUGCAGGACUCUCCUCGAUGCUGAGUUGAGUACUUUAUAUCUGCAUUGGUUGAUUGAUUCCAAUGCCGGGAAAUAAAAAAGCAAAAUGCGAGAGAGCUUCUUUCUUG